GGAUAGUUGGCCCUUGCGUACUAUAUUAAAUAUAGCAAAAAACUUUUUUUUUUCGUACCUGAAUUAGUUAGAUAAAUAAAAAAUAAAGAGAGAGAGAAAGAGAGAAAGAAAGAGAGGUUGAUUGAUAGAAUAUACGGCGAAGGAAGUGCAAAUAAAACUUAAAGUUAAAUUAGCCUUCUUUAUUUUAUUUUAUUUUUUUGCCAAUAAACUUGAAUAAUAUAUAUGUGCAUGCAUGCAUACAUAUAUUAAAUAUUAUACGCACAUACACACACGCACACAGCUUAUUUGUAGCCUUCAAAAAUGUCAAAGAGUAUUAGAAAUUUUUCUGAACCAAACAACCCAGUCAUAACUCAAGAUCAUAGUCCAAAUAAACCCUUUUAUUCUCUAAUUGCAUUCUAUGAUAUAUUAUUAUCAAAAACUUUUCAAUCACAUCAAGAAGCUAUAGCAUUUUGUAGAGAAUUAUGCUCGAAUUAUGGAUUCACCGUCAAACAGGAACAAAGUACACAUAAGAGUAUUUAUAUUUAUUGCUCUAGAGAAGGUUUACCAGAUUCUCAUAGAAAUCCAAAAGUUAAUCCACAAAGGAAUCGACAAUCACAACGUUGUGAAUGUCGAUGGCGCAUUGUGUUAUUUGAAAAUAGUCAAGGAGUUUGGGAAUUUCGAAAAUCUCAGAAUGUCGAUGCUUUCAUUCAUAAUCAUUCAUUAUUAAAGCCAGACGAAAUAAAAAAGGAAUGGCCACGCGAAGUUUCUGAAAAAAUAUUUGAAUUAGCAAGACAAAGAUUGCCAACGAAUGAGAUUAGACAGCAAGUACGUGAAUUAUAUCCUGACAUUUAUUGGGACGAUAGACGCUUUUAUAAUCGCCUAUCAGAGGAACGUCAAAAGAUGAAGCAACGUGAUACUAUCGAAAGAGCCUUACGACUUGUUAACCUGAGCGCACGAAUCUGUAUGGUGAAUGCUGGUAGUGAAGAUUUAUCUCAUUAUGUUGAAAGAAAAUUAAACUACUUGCUAGAGACUACGUGUAAAUUUGCUAAUAUGGAUUGUAAUUCAAUUACUGAUACACCUGUUUUUAAUACAAUAACAGCAGAAUCGGGUAUUUUUGAAUCUUCUCAAUUGCCUUUUUCUGUAUCAAAUGAUAUUGAUACUUUAAAGAAAACUUCUAUAAUGAAAUCCGAAAAUUCGAAGAAUAAUAAUAACAGCAAUAUAAAUAAGCUAGCAGCAAAACAAGUUGAUGAUAAUAAUAUAAAAGAAAUCAAACGCCCAUCUUCAGACAAUCAAAAUAAAUCCUUGGAAACAUUACCAAAGGGAUAUAUAGCCAUUCCAGUUUCGGACUAUACAUUAUACGUAAAGAUGUAUAGUCAAGGCUCAGUAGGAGAUAUCAGACGCGCUAUUUUUGAAGGGCAAAAAUCAAAUUCGAAUAUCAUCCAUACUAGCUCUGCUCAUUCUCAGUAUAGUGACUUACCCAGAAGACGAUCACGAGCAUUAUUUGUUUCUGAAGAACACAAUGAUUUAAUGGAGUUAGAUACUCCUGCGAAAAAGGUAUCAAAACAAUUUAGUUCUAUUCUUUUGGAUGAUGAAUUAGAUGGCAUGUCUGCUCAUUCUUCUCCUUCAACUUCUCAAACGACCCUGUUUACACCUACUCCAAUACCAAGCACAGCUCAUGCACAAAGUAGUCAUCCUAGACAGCAAUCAGAUUUACUACUAAAUACUCAAUUUAAUACACGUGUUUCAUCUGUUCCUGUUCCAUUAGUUGCAGAAUCUGCGAAUCAUUUGUUAUACGAAAGUAACGAUGGAAUUUUACCAACUAAUAACAGAGCAAGUAGUUAUUUACGACAAACUCAGUCCCAUAUUCCUUCUGCUACAGAUAAUGUAUACCCUAUAAUUAAUCUAAAUGCCUCUAUAAAUACUCUAAGGAGAGAACAGCCUCAGCGACUACAGCAACAGCAACAGCAACAACAACAACAACAACAACAACAACAGCAUAAUCUUACCUUUAACCCUAUCUCUUUUAUACCUGCUGCUGCUGCUGCUGAACAACAGAGUUCAAAUACCGAAACAGGGAUUCCUACUUUGCCUCAUCAUGUUCAACAUGAAAGAGCCUAUCCUUUGUCUUUUGGACCUACAUCACCUCCAACCCUGCUGUUAAGACCUCAAUCUAACACUUUUCCUCAAAAAGCGUCUACCAUUGAGCCACCUGCUACACGAGCUACUACUUCAUAUCCUUUGGAGUUCCCUUCUCAAAUACAAAAUAUGUUUGAUGAAUCAAGUAGAAGAUAUUAUAGUUACCAGGGACAAUCUUCUACAAUUCCUCCUCGACCAGUCCUAGACACUGCUAUGCCAACCAUCACUUUAUCCUCCCAAAAACAAGUUGAACAUCGCCAUUAUCUAUCUCAGCAACAGCAACAUGGAGAUACUCUAUUUUCUUAUAAUUUAAAUCCUUCGCAGCAGCAGCAGCAACAGCAACAGCAACAGCAACAGCAUCAUAUAACCCCACAAGAUGUAUAUUCAAUGCCGUAUAUGAUAAAUGAACAACAAGCUGUUAGUUCAACAGACGAAAGAAACAUAAAUCAUCCUCAAUACUAACAACCUUUGCAAUGAAGAGUUCGUGGUCCAAACUAAACCAGGUUUUUCCUUUUUUCUUUUUAUACUUUUUUUUCUUCUUAUUAUAAUUUUAGAAGAGCUGAAGCUUUAAUUCUAGUAGUUUUAUUACGUAAUGUUUUUUUUUCCUUAUUUUUAUUUUAGUUUUUUAAUCAAAAUAUAUAGUACGAUUUUUCUUUGUUUUUAAC